AUGCUUACAGAACGAGAUGCCCAGAUCGAUGCUGAACAGGCUUCUGGACAAUGUCUAUUUUGGCGAGAAGUGUAUCAAAUGAUGCGUUGUCCUGGGCCACCCUGCCGCCAUGAAGGGCAGUAUUGCUGGCUGGACCCUGUUGGAAAGAAGCAUUACAAACUUAGAACACACCAUCUGAGGGGACUUGUCAAAUACAUUGAGGGUGGAGGCAUCUUGGAUACGCAUGAUGAUCUCCUGACGACGUCCGUGAACAGCUCUAUUCAGGGGAGGCACAACGCCUUGAAAAACACUAAAAGAUCAUCGCAAAUUCUAUCAGACAAACCUAUUGCAGCUGAACAGUUAAGUUCGAGUCCUGACUGUAUCGAUACUGUGGAUAUUCCUGGGUUCCUAGAUGAUGCAGUGGAGGAAUAUGCCAAUUGGCACCUAUCACGCGUGAGCCGUGAGCUUUACAGAGACCAUAUUAAGAAAGCACGUGAUGUAGCAUUAGAAAAUGGCUUCGACCUUAAGCAGAUUUCUGGGGAAAAUCCGGACUUCUUCGUCAAACAGGGAGUGGUAAUCGGUGUUGCGCGCCGGUUCGUUAGCGACAUCCAAAACUGGAUCAACCAAUGUGGGGUUGUACAAAAACAGGCAAAAUGUUGGCCAGCGAUACAUGGAUAUGGCAUCAUAUUUUAUUUGUUUGUCGUGCCCUCCUCCUUAUAUGAGAAAUACUUAACAAAAACGGGUGACGUUGAUAUCGUCAUCUCCCACUUUCUCAAGGUAGGCUUGAGUAUCGAUAACAACGCAAAGCUAGCUGGAGAAGGUAUUGUGAAGAGUGUAACCGGCCGUUUUAAAGAACAAGUCUUAACUCUUGUGAAUAUUUACAGGACUCUUCCAGUCGACUCUGGCUCCUCGAAACGGAAACGCAGAACGCCCAAGGCUCCAAGGAAACGUGCUGCUCGCAAUAUCCCAGACCUCUACGAAAAACACCCCGAUAAAAAUACUGCAAUACUAAACACCGGCAGUCAAACUACUUUAUCAGAGGCAUAUGAAACUGAGCAAAUGCCUGGCAUUGCCAAUGAAGUUCCCGACAAUACGGCAGUGUCAUCCCUUAUGGGUCCAACACAGCAAGAGACACAACUGACGUUCUUCGCGUCACCAGAAGCCACGAGGCAAUCACUCUCAGAGACCCAAGUAGUGUCUGGCCCAGUACAACAUACAACAAUGCUUGUCAACCUUGAUUCCAUUAAUGCAGCACAUCUAAUGCAAAACUUUGACAUGAUAUCAUUUGCCAAUGCAGCAGAGUUAAUGCAGAAUUUUGACGUGACAUCAUUUGACCCCCUGACUGCCGCCCAACUAAUGCCAAGUUUUGAUCUAUUUCCUCCGCUGCCCGAUAUCAGAUACCGCGAUAACCAGACCUAG